CCUGAGGACUCUAGUCCCCUGUGCUUGUGCACCCUGUGCAGUUUUCUGUGGUCGAAAGAUUUCGUCAUUAAUUUUAAGAUGCGCAAGAAUGGAGAGAAAUUAUUGUUCAGAUGAUUGAGAAGAUUUCUCGGAUUAGAAGGACCUGAAGUAACACAGUGAAAAACAGAAGCCUAUGAAUCCUGUGUGAUCCUACUAACACUGUGUUACUGAUCAGAAGGAAGGCAACAUAGCAGAAUGUUUGAAAUAUGAAUGAAAAACAGGAAUCCAGCAAAGUAAAACAAGACAAUCUGCAUUGGCACAAAAGUCUGUUGAAAUCCUUAGAAGAUGCAGGAUUUCCCAAGGAUAGAGCUGAAAGAGCCAUAAUUGCAUCAGGACAAAAAGAUGCCCAAACAGCUAUUCGAUGGUUGAAGUACCACAGAGAUGAUCCCUCGGUGCUGGAACAACCGUACAGGCAGUUUAUUCUCUUUCUAUCCCCAAAAGGGCCUUUUUGUGACAACCUUAAUAGGUUCUGGUCAUCAUCUUUAAAACAAUGUGGUCGUAAUGCAAUUCAUGAGUGUUUUCCACACAUUACUCUUACAAGAUUUUUUCAGGUAGAAGAUUUUAGAGUACCUCCACUGCUGGAUUUUCUUGAAAAUAUAACAGAAAAAAUGCUGCAAAGGAUGCCCAGUUUGAAGUUAUUUCCACACAAAAGCAAGGGGUAUAUGGCGCUCUUUUUAGAAGAAUCAGCUAGCAAUUGGUUAUCAGAUUUAGUUAAAAGCUUUUCAGAAAGGGUUCAUGCAUCGUUAGGUAUAACGGCUCCAAUUCAUAGUGGACAGUUCCAUUUGACACUGGCCUAUCAGUUUGACGAGAGCAAGCAGAAUAUUUUGGAACAGCUUGUGAAGAAUAUUGAUCUGGAUUUGCCAUCUGAUUGGGAGUUGCAAGUUUUUUCAAGAGAUGUACGCACCGCAAAGUCAAGACAGUUUCGUGCAGUCGUGCAUCCAUAUGCUGCAGAGUCAAAGGGAGAAAUAUCAAUGAUCCAUGGUCAGCAUAUUAUUCUUGAUAAUGAGCAAGAUGGAUACAAGGGUUGGUUGAAAGGCACUUUACACGAGACUGGAAAAUCCGGACUGUUUCCAGCCAACUACACCGAAAGAUCUUUAGAAUGGAAGUGCUGGACGUUACAUUGGUCUAGGAAGCUGCUACAAGAUAAACAGGGAGAACGAUCGGUCGAUGCACGGAGCUACCCAACUCACGAACAUGUCCAAUUAAAGGCAAUACCUUCAGAUAAAGGGGGAAAGGCUGCACAACCUGCCUCAAUGACGGGGUCGACUAAACAUUUAGAGAAUCCUUUGCGGAGUUCAGGCAGCGUAAGCAUGCAGAAAAAUGUUGUACAACAAGCGUCUUUGUCAAAGGCGAAUUCUCUUCCCAGAUCAUUCAAGAAAUCAAAGCCGCAUCAGCAAACGCCGCAUCAGCAAACGCCGCAUCAGCAAACGCCGCAUUUAUAUAAGCAACCAAUGCAGCGAGCUCUGCGUCGAAUUUUCGUUAUAAGGCAUGGCGAAAGAGUCGAUGUUACAUUUGGGCAUUCAUGGAUUACCCAGUUUUUUGACGAAAAAGGUAGCUAUCAUCGUCGAAACUUGAACAUGCCUAAGCGUUUGCCUAAUCGCAGUGAAGGCCCACAGUCUUUCGUGCAAGACUCGCCCAUCACAGAAAUUGGGGCUUGUCAAGCACGACUUACUGGCGAGUCCCUUUUUGCGCAUGGGAUAAACAUAACGAGAGUAUUCUCAUCGCCCGCGUUUCGCUGCAUUCAAACCGCAGAUGCUAUCAUGGACGCCCUGAAUAUUAAAGGCAAAGUCAAGAUACGAAAGGAGCCUGGGCUCUAUGAAUGGCUUGGUUGGUGCAAGGGUAAGCUUCCCCGUUGGUUAUCACAGGAAGAGCUGUUGACUUUUGGGAUUAAUAUGGACACGAAAUAUGAGCAAUUUAUGACAGCUGACAACUUUCAAGUGACUGAGUCUACCGAACAAUUUUAUUAUCGAUCUCAUAAUGUCAUGAAAUGGAUUCUUGAUCACACUGGUAAUGGCGACGAGAAUAUUUUGAUUGUUGGUCAUUCAGCAUCGCUUGAUGCAUGCACCCGACAGUUGACCGGGCACCCUCCUCGUGUUCCAGAAAAUUUCAUUAAGAUUGUACGUAAAGUUCCAUACUGCGGCGUAAGUGUUAUCGAAGAGACAAAGCCGGGCCAUUGGUCAUUGGUCCAACCACCAAUUCCAUCGCUUGUCCAUAACGGCAACAGUAAAACGGAUUGGAAGAUGUUGCUGGAAUCUGAUGCCAAGGAACCAUUAGCCGUUUAAAUUUUUUAAUGUAAUCUUUGUAAUCUAAUUUUCGAAUUUUUUUAUAUUGCAACGUUUUAUUUAUAAAACGGUAAUUUAUAUACGUAUUUUCAACAUUUGAAA